CCUCUUUCUCUUCGUGUUCCGCUUCAUCGCCCUUUUCUUCUUCUACUCUUUCUACAUAAUUUCUUUCUCUGUCUACUUCUGCUGUGUUGUUGUUGUUGUUGUUGUUGUUUUGUAUUAUAGGCGUUCUAAGUCACGUUAUAGAGAGUCGCUGGGAACACGUUUAAAAGAACACGCUGUACCUGAACGAGCUGUACCUGAAUUUCCCAACACGCUGACCACCAUUACGCUCACUACACUAACUACCUCGCCGCGAGCUGCCAUUACCUAGCGAUGCCUCGAGGUGCGAAAAUAUAACAAUAAACCGCUACGUUACGAUAAGCAGCGCUGAUUGUAGCGGAGUAAAAGUAGUAACCUUGACUUUUUUUCUUUCCUCUGACUUCGCGGCGACACCCUAGCCCACUGCGUCUGAGUCGUUAUUUGUGUUACCUCGAGAAGCUACGUGCGUCACCCCCAGGCACACUCCCUCACUCCGCCUCCUUCCGCUGUCAUUGUAGCUGUCACCGCCACCACGUCGCCACUCCUCCUCUUGUGCAACCCGGGGCUCUACUCUCAAAAUGACGUUGAUUUGAUUGUCAUAUCCUGUUACCGAGAGGCCUCUUGAAUGUAUCCUCAAGGCGGUUCUGAGUACAGCCUCGUCUCCGUCAUCAGUGGGCGCGGGAGACUACCGGCGCCAUGGGCAGCUCGGGGCGCGAGGAGCUGAGCGUGGAGGCCGCCGAGUCGCCGCCCGCCCGAGACACGCUGUUCAGGAAGUACCGAGGGUGCUACGUGAGUCGGGGCGUCGGCCUCCUGCUGGGGGUAACCUUCGUCAGCGGCAUGGUGGCGACGGGGCUCCUCGUCUACUACCUUACGCCCCAUGUACCUCCUCCUCCUCCUCCUCCCUCUCCUCCCCUUUCCUACCAGCCUCACACCCCCGCCAACGCUACCACCUUCACCACCACCACCACCACCACCACCGCCGCCUCGCAGCAGGUCCAGGGCACAGAAGGGGUGACAGCAGCGCCACCUUCGUCUGAUCGGGACUUGUUAACCGAAGACAAGUCGGAGGCCAAGCAGGGCAGCCCCCGCCUCCCGCGAUCCCUGCGUCCGCUGCACUACCUGGUGAAGCUGCAGCCGCUCAUCAACGGCAACCUGAGCAUCCUGGGCUACGUGGAGGUGGAGAUGGAGGUGCUGGAGGCCACGACCAACAUUACCCUCCACAUCGCCGACAUCAUCACCCACAACGACACCAUCAGGCUGCGUCCCCUCGGUAAGCCUGCGGGACCCGGCCUGGCCAUCGCCGCCCACCAGUACGACGCCGAGCGAGAGUUCUACGUGGCCCAGCUGAAGGAGCCGCUGCGGCCGGGCGGCAGAUACGUCCUGUCCAUGCACUUCCUCGGCCUGCUCAACGACCUGAUGAAAGGCUUCUACAGGUCCACCUACAGGGACGCUGACGGCACCGAGAAGAGGCUGGCGGCGACGCAGUUCCAGGCGACGGACGCCCGGCGAGCCUUUCCGUGCUUCGACGAGCCCGGGCUGAAGGCCACCUUUGAGGUGCACCUCGCCCGCCAGGACAACAUGACCUCGCUCUCCAACAUGCCCAUCAAGGAGACGCUGCCCAUGGCGGGCCAGGAGGGCUGGCUGUGGGACCACUACCAGACCACGGUGAACAUGUCAACCUACCUCCUCGCCUUCGUCGUGUCGGACUUCGUCAGUAUGAACACCACCGUCAACGAUAAUAUUCUCUUCCGAGUUUGGACGCAGCCUUCAGCCCUGCACCAAGCCUCGUACUCCCUCGAUAUCGGCCCUCGCAUCCUCUCCUACUUCGCAACGUUCUUCAAUCAGUCGUAUCCGCUGCCGAAGAUGGACAUGGUCGCCAUCCCGGACUUUGCUCCCGGCGCCAUGGAGAACUGGGGCCUGGCGACGUACCGGGAGUUCCUGAUGCUGUACGACCCACGGGUGUCCGCCGCCAACAACAAGCAGCUCGUGGCCUCGGUGGUGGCGCACGAGUUGGCGCAUCAGUGGUUCGGUAACUUGGUGUCGCCCCGCUGGUGGACGGACAUCUGGCUCAACGAGGGAUUCGCUUCAUACCUAGAGUACAUUGGCGUCGACCUUGUGGAACCGUCCUGGAGGAUCCUGGAGCAGUUCGUGCUAAAGAGGAUCCACGGAAUGUUCACGGCCGACAGCUUGGCCUCGUCACACCCCAUCCGGCACAACGCGGAGCACGCCGACAGGGUUGCCUACGACAAAGGGUCGUCCAUCAUCCGCAUGAUGAGUCACUUCCUGGGGGACGCUGCUCUCAGGAGGGGCCUCACUCACUACCUCAACCACUUCAAGUACGACAACGCGGAGCAGGACGACCUGUGGCGGCACCUGACGGAGGCGGCCCACGCGGCGGGCACGCUGCCGCCGGAGCUGAGCGUCAAGGCCAUCAUGGACACGUGGACGCUGCAGAUGGGCUACCCCGUCAUCAGGGUGGAGCGGAGCCCCGACGGCACCUCGGCCAGCGUCUCCCAGGAGCGGUUCCUGCUGGUGAAGGACGACAGCGCCGAGGACACGCACGACUACAAGUGGUGGGUGCCGCUGACCUACACGGGCCAGCAGCGGCCGGACUUCAGCCAGACGCAGCCCCAGGUGUGGAUGAAGGACUCGGAGGCGCAGGUCACCGUCAAAGGCCUGCCCCCCAAGGACCAGUGGGUCAUCUUCAACCUGCAGCAGACCAGCUACUACAGGGUCAACUACGACCAGCACAACUGGAACCUGCUCAUCCAGCAGCUGCUCAACGACCACAGCGCCAUCCACACGGUCAACAGGGCGCAGAUCAUUGAUGACGCGCUAGACCUGUCCCGCGCAGGCCAGUUGCCCUAUAGCACCGCCCUUGAGGUCACCACGUACUUGCCCCGCGAAGCGGAGUACGUGCCGUGGGCGGCGGCGCUCGACAACCUCGGCUACAUCCGGGACAUGCUGCGGCACACCACGGCCUACGGGGCGCUCAGGAGGUACCUGCUGGACAUCGUGGUGCCGCUGUACGACUCUGUGGGUUUCCAGGACCACGAGAGUGACCCGCUGCUGGACCAGUACAAGCGGCAGAAGGCGCUGUCGUGGGCCUGCGAGCUGGAGCACAGCGACUGUCUAGCCAACGCCGCCGCCAGCUACGCCGCCUGGAUGGCCGACCCGGAUAACACCAGCAUCUCCCCGAACCUCAAGUCGACGGUGUACUGCCACGCCAUCGCUGAAGGAGGGGAGGAGGAGUGGACCUUUGCUUGGGGGCAGUACCUCGCCGCCGCGGUGGGCUCCGAGAAGGUGAAGUUGCUGCAGGCGAUGGGCUGCACCAAGCGACCGUGGCUGCUGUCCAGGUACCUGGAGAUGGCCUUCAGCCCCGGCAGUGACAUCAGGAAGCAGGACGCCCUCACCGUGUUCUCGGCGGUGGCGACCAACGACGUGGGGCGCCCGCUGGCCUGGACCUUCCUGCAGGACCGCUGGGAUGACCUCCGCGAUUUCCUUGAACGGACCGGAGCGCGCAUGGUUCGAGCCGUGAGUCGAAACUUCAACACGCCGCUUCAUCGAAAGGAGCUGGAUGAGUUCCACGAGUCCCACACCCGCCAGCUGCCGCAGUACGCCCAGGACAUGGCUCAGCUGCUGGAGGAGGUGAAGGGCAACGUGGCCUGGCAGGAGACUCGCUACGGGGAGGUGCUGGCGUGGCUGGAGGCCCGGGGACACGACCACAUGCUCCCCUCCCACUAGGGCCGCGCGAGGGACGGUGCGUGGAGCGGUGGUGAGGUAGGGAUUGCAGAUUGUGGGGGUUAGGGGAAGAGUAGAGGCAUAUACUUUUUCUUAGUAUUUCGGGUUAGGGGGAAAGAGUAGUGGUAUUUAUUUUUCUUGAGUGUCUGUAUGUGUGUAAUGUAGUAUGUAAGUAUGUAUGUAUGUAUAGUAAUCUCACGUUUUAUGCGAGCUAAACUACUACUGUUAUUGUUACUACCUUUGCUAUUACUACUUUUACUACUACUACUACUACUACUACUACUAUUACUACCUUCUUCUACUACUACUACUACUACUACUAUUACUACCUUCUACUACUACUACUACUGUUACUACUACUACUGCUACCUUCUACUUCUACUACUACUACUACUACUACUACUACUACUACUUCUACUACUACUACUGCUAC